AAAGGAUGGUGAGAACAGAAGAAAGCGCCGAACUGUAGUCGUAGAAAGUCCGGGGGCGGGGGGAAGUACUGAAAAGUGAGAGAACCCAGCGCGCGAGCCCAACUGAGACGCUCUUUGAAAAGCAACAACCGAAUUCCUCCUUUCGAAUAGAGGCGAAUAGAUAAAGGGUUUUAAAUGCAACGUUGUGUGAAGAUCAUGGCAGCCGACACGAAGAGUUCACUGGGCAGCAAUAUCUGCACCAACCGCAGCCGGAGAAAGCUGCUGGUCGCUGUGGAUCUCUUCUGCUUGUUCAUAGCCGGCCUGCCUUUCUUGGUCAUUGAGACCUCCGCUGUUCAGCCGAACCGUAGAGGGUUUUACUGCGACGAUGAAUCCAUCAGGUACCCGGCCAAAAGCAGAGAGAUCGUUAGCGACACUCUGCUUAGCGCGACAGGCAUUCUAAUCAGCAUCCUCUCUAUCAUAAUAGGUGAAAGCUUCAGGAUCUUCUUUAUGAGCGAAGGAACCAAGUCGUUUGUCGGGAACCCCUACUUUGCUGCUUUCUACAAACAGAUUGGGUUGUUCGCCUUUGGCUGUGCCAUCAGCCUGUCCUUCACCAACAUCGCUAAGGUGUCGAUAGGCCGCCUGCGGCCAAACUUCAUCGAUGUGUGCAAGCCUGACUUCUCCACCAUCAACUGCUCCAUGGGCUACAUUACGGAGUACAAGUGUCAAGGGCCAGAGAGCCAAGUCCUAGAGGCUAGGAAGUCAUUCUUCUCUGGACACGCGUCGUUCUCCAUGUACACCAUGCUCUACCUGGUGUUUUACCUGCAGUCUCGCUUAACUUGGAAAGGAGCCCGCCUGCUGCGCCCGUUAAUUCAGUUCACCCUCAUCAUGAUGUCCUUUUACACUGGCCUGACCCGGGUGUCCGACCACAAGCACCACGCCUCCGACGUCCUGGCCGGGUUCUUUCAGGGCGCUCUGGUGGCCGUCUGCGUCGUUUUCUUUGUGUCCGAUUUGUUUCGGCCCAAAAGAAGAUGGUGCUCUGUGACCCAAAUGCCGGUGAAGAAAGAUUGCCUUCCUCCAGCAGACAUCCAGGAGCAGGGCAACCCUCUCUCCAUGGUGUAGAAACAAGGCUGAAAACCGACUGCAAGCAAGAAAUGAGCAGAAUUUUGCCUUUUUUUUUCAUUGUUAUAUUCCUUCAGCCACUUCUUCUUACUGAAUAAAAUGGACUCUCUGGAAAGUGCAGAAGUGAACCACAGAAAAUGGUUAAAGAAAGUUUUGCUUUCUGAAGAACUUUUUUUUUUUUUUUUAGUUUUUCCCAAAAUCUCACAAGACAUGUGAAUGUGUAGGGAGGUGAGGUGAGGUGAGGUUUUUGUUUUUUUUAUGUUACACAAGGAGUAUUUGACCUUCUCUUCUGUUAUGAAGAACUUUUUGGGGGUUUUUCUGAACAAAAGUCCGGAAAUCAAGCAUAAGCCUACGAAUGGCAGCUGUUAACAAAGCUGUGUGCGGCUGUUCUGCAUUUUGUUUCUCUGGUCACAGGGGCUCCACUCAUAGCCCUGCUCCUCACUGUGUGACUCAUAUUUGGACAGAAUAAUAAAAAAACAACAAAUUCCUCUAUUUCAGGAAGGAUAUUGUUUUAGUUUAUUACAAGCAUUGCAUGCGUGACUUUUAAAGCACUAUUUUCCUUUGGUAUUGUUCGUCACCUCUUUGAACGACCUUUUUGAAAAGCUUUUGGAAAGCUUCACUCUGUGUAUAGUUCAGUGUUCCCUCAGACGUUACAGUUAUGUGGAAAAUACAGUGAC